GAAGGAUAAGAUAAAAGAAGAAGUCAUAUUUGUUGUCAUAAAAUACGUCAAAAUUGUUUAUUUGCAACAUUACUUACCUUUCGAUGUUGUUUAGAUAAAUAAGAAUAUUUGUUAUUAUGGUUAUUUAAAAGUGCUACUUUAGUGUAUGUGAAGGUGUAUUUUUGUAAAUUUUUCGAGUACUAGAAAGUUUUACCUAAUGGAGCGAAUACCAGACCAGUUGGGGCACCUAGUAAUUAAUGAAGAUGGGGCUGUUUUAAUGUCUUCGGGGGACCUGGAGAACGAUGAAAAAACUGCAGAUAUAAUCCUAAAUCUGUUAAAUUUGACCGAUGAAAUUGAUCCAGUUGCUUUUCCUUCAGGUGACAAGUUCAAGAAAUUAUCUAUUACAUAUAGUGAUCAUUGCUAUAUUAUUUGCUUAUCAAACAGGAAAGUUCACGUGGUUAAAAAAGCAUUAAAUAACGAAUGGCCUUCUGUGUUGGUUUAAUUUUUAUGUGGGGUACCUAAUAAGAGAAUUUAGUUUUAUGGAGAUUAUAAAAUGGGUAUUGUAGUAUACUAUAUGAAGAUGAAAUAUUUGCAAAUUUGCAUUUUAAUAAGCAAUACUUGUUACGGCAUAAUACAUCAAAUGAAUUAUAUAAUGAGGAUAUUUCAAAUUUUUUGUACAAUUUCUUUAUGAUUUAAGAUACAUAUAUACGUGUAUGAGUAUAAGUUUUUUAUCAUUACUUAAUCUGUUAUAUUAGUUGAAGCAAAUAUAAUAUUUUAAUUUAA